AUGAAUCCAUUGAAAUGUACUGAUGAUGAUUAUGAUGGUGAUGAUGAUGAUGAUGAUGAUGAUGAUGAUGAUGAUGAUGAUGAUGAUGAUGAUGAUGAUGAUGAUGAUGAUGAUGAUGAUGAUGAUGAUGAUGAUGAUGAUGAUGAUGAUGAUGAUGAUGAUGAUGAUGAUGAUGAUGAUGAUGAUGAUGAUGAUGAUGAUGAUGAUGAUGAUGAUGAUGAUGAUGAUGAUGAUGAUGAUGAUGAUGAUGAUGAUGAUGAUGAUGAUGAUGAUGAUGAUGAUGAUGAUGAUGAUGAUGAUGAUGAUGAUGAUGAUGAUGAUGAUGAUGAUGAUGAUGAUGAUAAUGAUAAUGAUAAUGAUAAUGAAUUUUCAUAG